AUGCUUGGAGUUGGCUUGUCGCGCUUGGAUAGCUACCUGUCCGCCGUUCUGCGUCACCCGCUUUCAGCCUAUAACCUUACUCCUCGACUUCUGCCCGCCCUCACUUUCUCAUCAGUCGCUCGUUCGUCUGAUUCAGCAAAGCGGCCAGGACCCUCGAGCAGCACGCCCGUACCUCUAAAGGAUCGUACCAAGCGCCUGCGGGAUAUGCCGACCCACUUCCUCGCCCUCCCUCUCACGAAUACCCCUCGAGUCGUCUCUCAACUCGCCGACACCCUCCCUUUGCUCCGGAAUGCACUCCCGCCUGACGUUCCACUCCAAGCUAUGCGACCUAUUGGGACGAUACAUCUUACGCUCGGCGCGCUGCACCUCCAGAACGACGAGCAGCUCGAGCGCGCGAAGCGGUGGCUCCAGGAGGAGGUUGAUGUCGAGGAGAUGCUCAGGCGGGCGGGCGAAGCGGCGCGAGUGCGUCGAGAGGAGGAGCAUAUGCGCGACGACAAGGCUGAUGCCGUCUCACUCGAACCCCUCGUCGUCGACCUCCGCUCCCUCAAAUCGAUGAAGCAUCAACCCGCUCGCUCGGCCGCCAUCCUCUACCUCUCGCCUUCCGACCCGACAAAUCGCCUUCAAGCGUUUGCUCAAGCGCUGCACGACGCUGCGGUCGACGCCGGCCUCAUGCGGAAGCCAGACCCGACUAGGAGGGAAGUUCUCUUGCACGCAACCAUCGUCAACACGCGCUACUCGAGCUCUGGGCAUCGCCCGACGCGGUACGACUUCUCGUCGGUCAUCUCGCGCUUCGAGGAGGCUGUCUGGGCGACGGGCGUGCCCAUCAACGGCGUUGCGCUCUGCAAGAUGGGCGCAAAGCCGACGGAAGACGGCGAUGCGGAGUACGAAGUCGUCGCGUGGCGCUCUCCCGGCGUAGGCAACUAG